AUGUCCGAACCCACAAAAAUCAGCAUCUUGGGCAAGGAGAGUAUUGUCGCUGAUUUCGGCCUUUGGCGCAAUUUUGUCGCGAAGGACCUGAUCAGUGGCUUGUCCUCGACGACCUACGUUCUCAUUACCGAUACCAAUCUCGGAUCCCUCUAUACCGCUUCUUUCCAAAAGACCUUCGAGGCUGCCGCCGCCUCCGUCACCCCAGCCCCGCGGCUCCUCGUCCACCAUGCCGCCCCCGGAGAAAGCUCCAAGUCCCGGCAAACCAAGGCCGAUAUUGAAGAUUGGAUGUUGAGCCAGAACCCGCCAUGUGGGAGAGAUACAGUUAUUAUUGCAUUGGGCGGUGGUGUGAUUGGUGAUUUGACCGGAUUUGUUGCAGCAACCUACAUGCGUGGUGUGCGAUUCGUGCAGGUCCCGACCACACUGCUUGCCAUGGUGGACUCUUCAAUCGGAGGAAAGACCGCCAUUGACACUCCGCUUGGUAAGAACCUUAUCGGUUCUAUCUGGCAACCAUCAAGAAUCUACAUUGAUCUUGAAUUCCUCGAGACCCUCCCCGUCCGCGAGUUUAUUAACGGCAUGGCCGAAGUCAUUAAAACCGCUGCCAUUUCGAGCGAAGAGGAGUUCACUGCUUUGGAGGAUAACGCGGAUUUGAUUCUGGCAGCUGUUCGCAGCGAGCCUCAGCCCGGCCAAGGCCGCUUUGAUAGCAUUCGGGAUAUCCUGAAGGCUAGAAUCCUGGCAUCGGCACGUCACAAGGCGUACGUUGUCUCCGAAGAUGAGCGUGAGGGCGGUCUUCGCAACCUGCUCAACUGGGGCCACUCUAUCGGACAUGCCAUUGAAGCUAUUCUUACCCCCCAGAUCCUUCACGGCGAAUGUGUCGCGAUCGGUAUGGUGAAGGAGGCAGAGCUUGCGAGACACUUGGGCAUCCUGAAGGGUGUCGCCGUUGCUCGCGUGGUCAAGUGCAUCACAGCCUACGGCUUGCCCACUUCCAUGAAGGAUCCACGGGUUCGUAAGUUGACUGCUGGUAAGCACUGCUCUGUGGAUCAAUUGCUGUUCAACAUGGCUUUGGACAAGAAGAAUGAUGGCCCCAAGAAGAAGGUUGUCCUUCUGUCGGCGAUUGGCCGUACCCAUGAACCCAAGGCCAGUGUUGUCUCUAAUGAGGAUAUUGGUGUUGUUCUUGCUCCUAGCGUUGAAGUUUACCCAGGAGUGCCAAAGUCACUUAAUAGUAUCUCUAACCGUGCCCUUGUGCUUGCUGCGCUUGGUUCUGGAACCUGCCGUAUCAAGAACCUGUUGCACUCCGAUGACACUGAGGUCAUGUUGAAUGCCUUGGAGCGUCUCGGUGCGGCAACAUUUUCUUGGGAAGAGGAGGGUGAGGUUCUUGUUGUGAACGGCAAGGGCGGAAAGAUUGUCGCAAGCCCUUCGCCUUUGUACCUGGGUAACGCCGGUACUGCCUCUAGAUUCCUUACCACCGUGGCUACUCUCGCUACUCCCAGCAGUGUCGACUCAAGUGUUUUGACUGGUAAUAACCGCAUGAAGCAAAGACCCAUUGGCGACCUUGUCGACGCACUCACUGCCAAUGGAGCCGAUGUCGAGUACAUGGAGAGCAAGGGAUGUUUGCCUCUUAAGAUUGCUGCUUCUGGAGGCUUCGCGGGAGGAAAGAUCAACCUGGCCGCUAAGGUUUCCUCCCAGUACGUCUCUUCGCUCCUCAUGUGCGCCCCGUACGCCAAGGAGCCAGUGACCUUGAAGCUGGUCGGCGGCAAGCCCAUCUCGCAACCCUACAUCGACAUGACCACUGCGAUGAUGAGAUCUUUCGGCAUUGACGUGAAGAAGUCAACCACCGAGGAGCACACUUACCACAUCCCUCAGGCCCAAUACGUGAAUCCUGCCGAGUACGUUGUGGAGAGUGACGCAAGCUCUGCAACCUAUCCUUUGGCCAUCGCUGCCGUUACUGGCACCACCUGCACCGUCCCUAACAUUGGUUCUAAGUCCCUUCAGGGCGAUGCCCGUUUCGCCGUGGAUGUGCUCCGGCCUAUGGGAUGCUCUGUUGUGCAGACUGAUCACUCUACCACCGUUACUGGACCUGCCGAUGGUAUUCUGCGGCCACUUCCUAAUGUCGACAUGGAGCCCAUGACCGAUGCCUUCCUUGGUGCGUCAGUUCUCGCGGCUAUUGCCCGGGGUAAGGACUCAAACCACACGACCCGUAUCUACGGUAUUGCGAACCAGCGCGUCAAGGAGUGCAACCGUAUCAAGGCCAUGAAAGACGAGCUGGCCAAAUUCGGUGUGGUCUGCCGUGAGCAUGACGACGGUCUUGAGAUCGAUGGUAUCGAUCGUUCCACCCUUCGCCAGCCCGCCGGUGGUGUUUUCUGUUACGAUGAUCACCGGGUCGCGUUCAGUUUCAGUGUUCUUUCUCUGAUCACUCCCCAGCCUACUCUCGUCCUUGAGAGAGAAUGUGUGGGCAAAACCUGGCCGGGUUGGUGGGAUACCCUCAAGCAAAUGUGGGACGUAAAGCUUGCGGGCAAAGAACUCAAGGAAGAUGAACAUGCUGCCUCGGGCGGCGAGGAGCGUAGCAACGCCUCUGUCUUCAUCAUUGGUAUGCGUGGCGCUGGAAAGACCACCGCUGGCAACUGGGUUGCCAAGACCCUUGAUCGCCAGUUCAUUGAUCUUGACACAGAGCUUGAAACAUCCGAGGGUAUUACUAUUCCCGAGAUAAUCAAGGCUCGUGGCUGGGAAGGUUUCAGAGACGCAGAACUGGCUAUGCUCAAGCGCGUCUUGAAAGACCGUCCUACUGGCUACGUCUUCGCCUGCGGCGGAGGUGUUGUCGAAAUGCCCGAAGCACGGAAGCUCCUCACUGACUACCACAAGAACAAGGGCAAUGUUCUUCUCAUCAUGCGCAACAUCAACCUGGUGAUGGACUUCCUUCAGAUCGAUAAGACUCGCCCUGCCUACGUAGAGGACAUGAUGGGCGUGUGGCUGCGACGUAAGCCUUGGUUCCAGGAGUGCAGUAACAUCCAGUACUACAGCCAGCACUCUAGCUCAACAGAGCUGGCUCUUGCCUCAGAGGACUUCAGCCGCUUCAUGCGGGUGGUCACCGGCCAAGUAGACAGCCUUAGUCUCAUUAAGAAGAAGCAGCACAGCUUCUUCGUCUCAUUGACCCUGCCUGAUCUGAAGCCAUCCGGUGAUAUCAUUACUGAAGCUUGUGUUGGAUCCGAUGCCGUGGAACUACGGGUUGAUCUGUUGAAGGACCCUGCAGUCGAUGGCGAUAUUCCCUCGAUUGACUACGUCAACGAGCAACUAUCCAUCCUUCGCCGCUGUACCAACCUGCCGAUCAUCUUCACCAUCCGUACUAAGAGCCAAGGAGGCCGCUUCCCUGAUGACGCCCACGAUGCUGCCAUGCAGCUCUACCAACUGGCAUUCCGCUCUGGAUGCGAGUUCGUGGACCUUGAGAUCGCGUUCCCCGACGCAAUGCUCCGUGCUGUUACCGAAAUGAAAGGUUACUCCAAGAUCAUCGCCUCCCACCACGAUCCUAAAGGCACACUUUCGUGGUCCAACAUGUCCUGGAUUCCCUCCUACAACCGUGCUUUGGAGUACGGCGAUAUGAUCAAACUCGUCGGUGUUGCCAACACCUUGGAUGACAACACUGCUCUUCGGAAGUUCAAGACCUGGGCUGACCAGGCUCACGAUGUGCCUCUAAUUGCUAUCAACAUGGGCGACAGUGGCCAGCUCAGCCGUAUCCUUAAUGGCUUCAUGACUCCGGUCUCUCAUCCCAGCCUCCCCUUCAAGGCUGCGCCUGGUCAGCUGUCCGCUGCAGAGAUUCGCCGUGGUCUUUCCCUGAUGGGUGAGAUCAAGGCCAAGAAGUUCGCCAUCUUCGGUUCCCCCGUCGCGGGCUCACGCUCUCCCGCUCUCCACAACACCCUCUUCAGCACAAUGGGUCUUCCCCACGAAUACUCACGUCUGGAGACCACCAACGUCGGAGACGUUAAGGACUUCAUUCACGCCGCCGACUUCGGCGGUGCCUCGGUUACCAUCCCCCUCAAGCUAGACAUCAUGCCUCUGCUCGACGAAGUUGCUCCGGAGGCUGAAAUCAUCGGCGCCGUCAACACCAUCGUGCCUGUCCCCAACGGCGACAAGCCCCCUCGUCUGAUCGGUUACAACACCGACUGGCAAGGUAUGGUCCGGUGCCUGCGCAAUGCAAACGUUUACGGCUCCGCCGGUAACGAGAGCGCCCUGGUCAUCGGUGGCGGCGGUACCGCCCGUGCUGCCAUCUUCGCCCUCCACGACAUGGGCUUCUCCCCCAUCUACGUUGUGGGCCGCAGCGCCAGCAAGCUCGAGAGCAUGGUCUCGACCUUCCCUACCAACUACAACAUCCGCAUCGUAGACAACCACGCCCAGCUUGAGACCGUGCCCCAGGUUGCCAUCGGCACUAUCCCCGCCGACCGUCCCAUCGACCCUGCCAUGCGCGAGACGCUCUGCAACAUGUUCCAGCGCACUCAGGAGAUCGACGGUACUACCAUCGGCAAGACUACCCAUGCCAGCCAGCACCGUGUUCUCCUCGAGAUGGCCUACAAGCCUUCCAUCACUGCACUGAUGCAGCUUGCUGCUGAUGCCAGCUGGACCACCAUUCCUGGACUGGAGGUCCUUGUUGGACAGGGUGUGCACCAGUUCGUUCACUGGACUGGUAUCACUCCUCUGUACCAUGAGGCACGAGCCGCUGUCAUGGGCACUGAAUCUUCAUAA